UCUACAGAAUGCUUUUUCCUGGCAGUUAUGGCAUUUGAUCGGUACCUCGCCAUCUGCCAACCUCUACAUUACCCCACCCUUAUGACUGGACAUCUCUGCAACAUCCUUGUGGUCAGUUGCUGGGUACUUGGUUUCCUCUGGUUCCUGAUUCCUAUCACUGUCAUUUCCCAGAUGUCCUUCUGUGGAUCCAGGAUUAUUGACCACUUCCUGUGUGACCCAGGUCCUCUGUUAGCCCUCACAUGUACCAAAGCCCCUGUAAUAGAGUUGACUAGUUCCACCUUGAGUUCUCUACUUUUGUUUAUUCCCUUUAUCUUCAUUGUGAGGUCCUAUGCUUUGGUCCUGAGAGCUGUGUUAAGGGUCCCAUCAGCAGCUGGACGAAGAAAGGCCUUCUCCACUUGUGGGUCCCAUUUGGCUGUGGUUUCCCUUUUCUAUGGCUCAGUGAUGAUUAUGUAUGUGAGCCCAACAUCUGAGCAUGAAGCUGGAAUGCAGAAGAUUGUGACUUUGUUUUAUUCUGUGGUUACUCCAUUCAUUAACCCUGUAAUAUAUAGUCUGAGGAACAAAGAUAUGAAACAUGCAAUGAAGAAAUUACACAUCAGUCAAAAAAUAUCCAGAUUGCCACCUGAUCUGACUUUAUUUACCCUUAGUGGACAUGCACGGUCAGAGAGUGACACCCACUAUGGCAGGAACCUGAGCAAGUGUCCAUGGCACAUGACAGCUCCAACUCAGCAGUCAGUGUGA